AUGAACGGACUUGUGACAACGUAUCAGAAAGACUAUGUGUGGCUGAAUAAGAAGACAGGAAUUAGUCGGGAAGAUAGGUCGCAGCAGCCACAACUAACCUUGAAUGUCCCUCAGUGUACUUGUAGGUGUGCCAUCCCUGGGAAGGCCGGGAAGAAUCUCUUAGAUUCACAAGCUGGCGAUUCGCACGAAUGGAGUAGGCUGGGUCCAAUGGGUUCACUCGUAGAUCCAAAGCUGUACUCUGUAGAUCAGGGAAAAGGAAUCGAGAAGCUUGAGGAUUCUAUAAUUUACUUGCAAAAGCUUCAAGAAAAUUAUCCAUAUCUCUACGAAGUUAUCGAGGGUUCAUCUCGUAGCGAGAAGAGGAGGCGGAUCGAAAGAGAUCGUCUUCUGACCACUUAUCAGGUUGAUUACUGCGGUGCGGGAGAAGUUCCGUUUGGCGUCUCCGAAUUUCCAAAUGCUCUUCAGACAGAGGUUACUCCAGGUCAAAAAGUAGGAACAGCUGAUUCUGGUUCCCGAAAAAAAAUUCGGAGGAAUAGCAAUGAAGUCAAGUCCUCAAAACCUCGCCGAAAAGCCGACGUAGCAGCCGACGGUCCUGAAACAGGCAUUCCUCCGUGGAGAAGCGAAUAUCAAGACGUAAUUGGAAAAACAGGCCUAGCGAUUAUGAGAUACAAGUUGCAUCAGCACGGCGCCUCGUCCGUUGGAAAGAGUCGAGGAGCAAAGCGGUUGAAAAGGUGUCCCUGA